AGAGAAAGUGAGGGAGGGAGGGAGGGAGAGAGAGAGAGAGAGAGGGAGAGAGAGGGAAGGCUGCGUGAGAAGAAUCGCCGAGACCGUGGUGUGACGGUCGUCGCACCAUGAGGAAUUUCGCGCCAUAGUUGUGGAAGCGAUGUUUAGAUGACGCAAAGUGCCUCCCCGAUGGACAAUUCGUUGCCGAUGAACACGCUGUCGGUGGUCGAGGAGGAGGCGGCGAACGUCGCCAACAUCGCCGAAGUGUUCCCGCCACAUGUCGACACCAGCAACAUCGUCGUGCAGCCAGAGUCGCCUACCAGCAAGAAACAGACCCUCAAGACCUUCACCGAGGUGAACGCUCUGCUGCAAGCAGGCAAGAAACGAGAGGUCAAGUUGAUGAUGCGCGAGAACGCCUGGCCGCUAAAUAAUCGCAUCCGGGCGCAACUCUGGCCGGCACUCUGCAACCAGCAUUCACACGGCAAGAACAUGCUGGAUGGAUUCUAUUGGGACAUGGUCAACCAAGUCUUCGGCACGACAGAACUUGAACAGCACAAAUCGAUUAUGCUACCACCCUUCGUCGAUAGUACGCAUUGCUUGUCGUAUAAUUUGACAAGAACUGGUAGAAAUGUGGCGGACAGAGUCGUAUCGGUGCUCGGAUACGCCUGUCCUGAUAUUACGUAUAGCCCUUCUCUUUAUCCGUUAACAGCGCUCCUUUUGCAUUUUAUGCCAGAGGAGGAAUGCUACCAUUGUAUGGCUACUCUGGUAGCAGCCAAAGAGAAGACGUUUAUCACGCAGACCAAACUUCUUUACGAAGUCACGUGGAAAACAGUGGAGCAAAUCACCAAGAAAUAUGUUAAAUCAGCGGCCGUACAUUUAACAAGGCACUGCUCCGGCUCGCGGGCCGAAAGAAUUUAUAUGGACUGGAUAUGGUGGAUAUUGCAGUUUCUUCCAUUUCAACAUCUAGUCAGGGUUAUGGACUGUUUUUUGCACGAAGGCAUUAAGGUCUUCUAUCGGGUUGCAAUGGCUUUAGUUUUAUUAUUUUACAAACACUCUUCGCCACAAAAUUCAGAAUGGAUGAAUGAGAUUUCGAAAAACGGCAUAGACUCCGCCUUGUCCAGAUUUUGCAGACAGAUACCGGUGACACCUGCAAAGUUCCUGCGUACCGCCUUCGGGAUUCGCGGACUCAGCUCUGCGUAUAUAUCAAGAGUGUUUCUGCGCACAGAAAUGGCUCUCAAGAGCAGAAACGUUCUGACGGGUUCCCGGUCUCUGGCCAGAUCGCGUUCCACCGAUAAUUUGCCCACUAGCCAGUCCCAAGUCAACAUUCAGAUGAUGUCUCACACGCUCACGAUACGCGAAAAAGAAUGUGAAGACACGUACAAAGACAGGUUACUAACCUUAUGGUCAUGGCUACCAGCGAGGAUCACAAUGUACCAGCCGGUGUUGCUGUACACAACGGAGGAACACGGAUGCUCCCUGACGACGUUUUACGUGCGAGUAGAGCAACACGAGCCGACUCUGCUGAUGAUAAAAACUUGCAAUAACGAGGUAUUCGGAGCAUAUUGUUCCACAAGAUGGUACGAACGCAACAUGAAAGUCGAUGGCCAAAGACAAGCGUACUUCGGUACGGGUGAGACAUUCUUGUUCAGCUUGUAUCCCGAGCGACACAAAUACGCGUGGGUGGGUAUGAACCCGGAACGACAGCAGUGUCUAGUGAAGGACGGUGACAAGGACAGCGACAAAAGUAUGAAAUCUAAAGCCAUAGACCACUCGGCCGAGCUGUUCAUGGCCGCAGACUCGAAGAUGAUAACUAUCGGUGGCGGAGACGGUCAGGCGAUUUGGAUGGACGAGAACAUUCGAUUCGGCAAGACGGAUCACUGUUCGACCUUCGACAACCCGCCUCUCUGCGCCAACGGUGACUUCGAGAUUAGAGUGUUGGAAGUGUACGGCUUCGCGGGUGCCUAAGGAGGGAAGAGACAAUGCAGUACGGUGCAUCGGUUUGUUUAUUCCCUACUGCCAUUUAGCGACUCUCUUUCUACAUAUACGUACGCUAGAUACAAUUGUGUUAUAUAUGUUGUGUAUGGUGUGUAGUGUCGCGCUUCAUCCUUGGUAGAAAACACACGCAAAAAUAACGCACAACGCAAAAUUCGCCCAAUGCAGAAGGACGGAUAUCGAAUAGAGAAGAGCGAUAGACCUUAUUCAGUUUGUUUGUUUGUGUGUGUGCGUGUGUGUGUGUGUGUGUGUGUGUGUGUGUGUGUGUGUGCGCGCGCGCGCGCGCGCGUGUGUGUGUGUGUGUGUGCUGCAUUUUUUCUUAUUUCUGUAUUAUUUAAUUUUGUGUACAUUGACAUGAAAUGUUUGAUUUGCACACACACACACAUUUAAAGAGAAUCGAGAAAUGUGCCAUGGACUGGCGAUAUAUAAUUGAGCAGGGAAUAAUUUCUAGUUUAAAAACGGAUGAAAUGUAUGGGUAUAUAUAUAAAGUGUUCGAUCGUGUAUUCGAAGUACUUUCAAGGUCUUUGAGAAGAUAAAUUCUCAAAAUUAGAAAAUUGUCCAAAAUUCAGUAUUCAUAAAAAAAAAAAGAAAAGAUGUCCUCGAGACUAUUCAACUUCUUCACUCGAUCCGAUGGGAAAAGUCGAGAAAAUUUAGGAAUAAUGAUACAGAGAUACAGAAGGAGAUUGCUCAAAGUGAGAACGAUAUAUUCUCUGAUGCUUCGCCCAAAACGUGGAAAUGCAUGGAAUACGAAAAUAUCGUCGUGUGUCGGAUUUAUAUUUGCGAUGUUCAACGAGAUAUUGUAUAGUUAUAGUUAAUCACAUUUGACGUUGUAUCGUACAAAGAUGCAGAGAGGGAAAAGGAACUUUAUACAAGAUAUUUGGGGAACUAAAUCGAAAGAUGACAAACUUUUAGGGCUUAUAGCUGCGAACGAGUUCGAAGACACGUCGGAUCGCUUGAACGCGCGAGAAAUAUCUUGAGUGUUUUCUCAAAGAUUUUGUUGAAAGCCAUUCAUCGCGUCGCAGGGUAUAUACAUUGGAUAUUUGGUGUAUAUAUACGUUUACGUGUAAUUUAGUAGUGUAUAAAUUUGUCAUCGGUACGUAGAGAGACAAAUCUCCGAUGUCGCAAUUACGUUGUUUCGAAUCUCUUUGCGGUCGAAUCAUUUGGAAACUUUUGAAGAACAGAGAUCGAACGUCCGUCGCGAGUAUUCGUCGACCGAUAGUCUUUCUUCCGAAACAUUAUACCUGUAUAAGCACCGAAUUAGCAUCGACACGUACCAUCAUUAUUGAGUUAUUAAUUAAAUAUUAUUAAACGUCUUGUACAUUUACGUGUAAAUAACGAAGUGUCUCCUUCCUUCUGGACUAAGCGAAUUUUAUGCUGUGUAACGCGUGUCAAGGUGCGCUUAAACGAACAACGAUUCCUUGCUGCGGUUAUUGUCAGCCAUUUAUUCGUGGAUCAUCGGUGACGAUAAUUGGUCAAUAUCGACUGAUUAUUGAACUCGCGUAUGUAUAACCCUUAGCGAUAUAUAAAAGGAUACGUACAAUUACCGCCGUGACGGCGUUCCCCGGCGCCUGCCCCGGCGCGGCGAUUAAUUAGUCAAACAUCGAGUAUUAUCAGUGACGAAUGAUCGAUAUCGAGCGCUCGUAUAAAUGUAUAUAAGACGACUUUCUUACGGGUCUAUUGUACACGCUGAUCUUACGAGACAAUUGAAAAUGCGUUUCAAAGCGAACAGCUUGUUCGGCGGCACUGAUGAAAGCGUGUUGUAACCGUGUCUUUUUCUCGGUGACCUUCACUUAUGGUCGUGCCUAUCUUUAUCUUUUUCAAUGAUCACUGGGAAAGUUGAGCGAGUUCCAUUUUGAAUAACAAAUCUGGAGUCUGGCUGGUUUCGUUACGAUACUUUUCAUCAGUACCGUCAUACCACGGCGAUCAUUACCGGCAAUAUAAGUUUCCCGAGUAUUGCGACCAAUAAUAUAGCAACCUUGGAUGAUUGUUCAUCCAUGCGCGACGACUGAGGGUAUGUUUAAACGGGCAAUGUUUUUCCACGGCGACAAAAUUGCUCGAUAUCGAGCAAUGAUUGGGUCACUUGUCAUCAAUGCUGUGAUUUGCUAAAAUGAUUAGUAGCUUCUUUUCAUCGGGAAAUCAUUCAAAUUCAAAUACAAUGAAACACUCCGCUCUAUUUUGUCCUUUUUUUUCUUUUUACCUGUCCAAGUUUUACCGGCCUAACUCGAUUGCGAAAAUAAUUGCGAUGUAUCUCUCUCUCUCUCUCUCUCUCUCUCUCUCUCUCUCUCUCUCUCUCUCUCUCUUUUAUGAAACUUUUUCGAAACGCAAAAACCGCGAUAAUGCCAUAUGUUAAACACGCGAGGGGAUGACUGUUCAUGAUUGAACAGCUGCAAACAUUGAACAGAAGGGGAGAGAAUUAGCUUAUGGCUAGAUCCUGAAAGGUAGGUCCAGGAAAGGUGUGGUCCUGCGUCUCGACAUUCUGUUGUAAUUUUAUUCGUAUAUGGGCUGGUGGUUCCAACUUCUUGGUAAGUUAAAUCACAUAUCUAUCUUUCUCUAAGUUGAAGGAAAAACAAAGACAAACAUAUGAUUUAACCGUCAGUUGACUUAGCAAGAAGUUGGAACAACCGACCCUGUGUCGAGCAAAUUGAAUGCGGUACAAUUUCACUAACGUCACCGAGCAUUUCGAUGUACGUGUGGACUCACGUGUGGGUCCAUACUGAAAUCCAUGUUAGCGAGUAAUACUUUGCAAGUGCACAAUAUGAAUCUAUGGAAGUGCUAUUUCAACACGACGAUAUCUCUACGAUGAUCGAGUUAUCAAUCGUGCUAAAUUGGUAUAGCUCGUAAGAAUUCCCGGUCCCUCAUGUCGCUUCUCCUUAUCGCGACAAGAGAGCUCUCUCGCUGAAGAAAAUCCAUGUUUGGGUGAACUGAGAAAUCUGCGACGAGCAGAGCGUGCGGUUUCUAUUAAGGAUGUUCCACACAAUCGGCACGAUGUCGCGCAUAUCCCGAUCGUUGCUCUUUUAAACAUACCUGCAAUCGCGCGAUUAUUUACGUAAACGGUACAAUAUGCGAAUACAUAUCGAAACAAAAGGAGAGACUGGACGAGAAUUGAACGCUUCCUCUGUCGCUUCGUUUUAAUUUCUUCUCCUAUCCCCUUGUCGUCGUGCUAGUGAACGAAUUCGUUUUCUUAGCGCGUCGACUGCUAAAAUUGAUCGUCAGGUGCGGUCUCGCCGACUGUCAAAAUUAUAAUUUCUCAUCGAACCAUCGUUAUAUGUUACUGUUGUUAUGAGUAACUCUGUUGUAAAAAAAGUUGUCACUAUACACGAGGAGGAGUUCAGGUCUUGUUGGUAACAUAUUGCGAACGUUUCCACAAAAAUAGGGUAUAUAUUGUAUGUAUAUAAUAUAUACACACACACAUAUAUAUAUAUAUAUAUAUAAGUGUACAGGUUGAACCACAGUGGAGUAUGUAAAUUUAUGUUGUCAAUUGUGCGAAAUGACGAAGGAAAACGCGCGAAAGAGAGAGAGAGAGAGAAAUUUUUCCUUAUUUAUAAGAGAAUUGACGAGUGUCUAUGCGCUAACGACGAUUGCUUCUGGAAUGUUUAUUGAUUCUUUAACAGUGAAUGCAACGUUAUGAAACGUCUCGAAAUGUGACUUAUUGUGGAAAAAUUUGGAAACAGGCCAACGUUAGGUUCACCUGUUGCAACUGGUGUAAAUAAAAUAAACGUUCAAAAACAUGUUGUUGAAUAA